CACACACACACACACACACACACACACACACACACAGGCCAAGUGGCACGGCACAGAUGUGGCUGUCAAGUGCCUACACACACCCGGGGGCGGCGUGGCCGAGCAGCUGGCUGAGGCACCCAAACAUCGCCUGCCUGUACGCCAUAGUCAUCCCCGACCACCUCAUAGCAGCCGCCAACGCCACUGCUGCUACAGCCAUAACAGCCGUCCCCAGUGCUACAGCCUCCGCCGCGCAGCCACCGGCGCCGGCACCAGCGCCAGCGCCGCCGCUGCCACUGAGCCCCGGCGCCGCGGGUGUCAUCGCUCCCUCCAGCGGUCUGCCGCUGCUACUGCCGCCCGUGCCCUUCGCGGCAGCCGUGAACGCCGAGCCACACGCGCGGCCGCAGCAGCCAUCCCACACGCCGCAGCUGUCGCACCCGCAACCCCAUGCGGCCUCCUCGGGUGCUACAGCCGGCUACGAUGCUGCUACAGCCGCCCACCAGGCCGCGGCCACUGCUACAGCCGCAGCCCUCCAAGGCGGCGGCGGCGCCCACCAUCAACUCUACCACUACAGUGGCGGCGGCGGCGGCGGCGGCGGUGGCCACGUGUCGCCGCCGCCGUCGCCCUCCUCCGUACCCUCCACCGUACUGCUUUCGGAGUACGAAGUCAGCAGCGGCGGCCACGACGGCAUGUCAGUUUACGGCAGCCGUACGGCCAGUGCCGCGCACAGCGUCGGCCUCAGCCGCGCCAGCACCCUGAUGGCGGCGCAGGGCAGCGGCGGCGGCGGCAGUGGCAGCGGCGGCGGCAGUAGCAGCUCCGGCACGCCGCCGGCGCCGGCGCUACAGCCGUCCACUACGCCGCCGCCGCUGUCGGGUCUGACGCCGGCGCCCUCGCAGUUGCCGCCGCCGCUGGCGGCUGGCUCGGGACCGGUCCCUGGCAUGAUGCCCGCUGACGAGUGGCAGCAGCAGCAGCAGCAGCAGCAGCAACAUCAGCAGCAGCAGCAGAUGCAGCAGCAAUUGCCACAGCAGCAACUGCCGCAGCAGCAGCAGCAACUGCCACAGCAGCAACAGCAGCAACAGCAGCAACGCAGCGCCAGGGCAGCGGCGCAGACCCGGCCGCCACCGCAGCUGGCGCCGCCGCCGCCGUCGGCGUUCGCGGGCUUCUCAGCCACUGGCCCGCAGUACGUGUCCGGCGGCGGCGGCGGCGGCAGCGGCGGCGGCGGCGGUGGCGGCGGCGGCGGCGGCGGCGGCGGAUCGGGAUCCGGCACGCCCACGUGGAGGUCUGGCGGCGGCGGCGGCGGCGAUGGCGGCGCCGGCGGUACCACUGGCGGUGGUGGGCCUGUCGACACUGGCGGCGGCGGCCGGGGUGCGCCGGCGGCGGCGGUGCAUGCAGGUGGUUCCGUUGGCGGCUUUCGGUCUGGCGGCGGCGGCGGCGGCGGCGGCUCUCACGGCGGCCCGCCGCCAGGCCAGCUGUACGGCGGUGCUGGGCUGCAACGCAGCGGGCGGUUGCCGUCCAUCCGGGAGCUGCCCUCCGUGGAUGCCUCCACGGACGACGAAUUCGCCAUUUCCGCCGCCGGACUGAUUGCUACUGCCGGCGGCCGAGGCGGCGGCGGCGGCGGCAGUAGCAGCGGCGGCGGCGGGCUGGGAAGUGGCGGCGGCGGUGGCGGCGGCAGCUUUCUGAGCUCGAUUUGUGGCGGCAGCAGCAGCGCCGGCGGCAGCGCGAGCGGGCGCCGCUCGACGUCGCCGCUGUUUCCCAGUGGUGGCGGCGGCGGCAGCGGCGGCGGCGGCGGCGGCGGCACUUCAGGUCUGGUGGCGAGCGGGCGCGCGAACUCGGCGGAAGCACGGCUGGUGGCGGCGGUGACGGCGGCGGCGGCGCGACUGGCGGCGCUGGAGGAGGCGGCGGAAGAAGCCGAGUCCACGGAGGGAAGUGGUGUCAGUGGUGACAAUGGCGGCGGCGGUGGCGGCGGUGGCGGAAGUGGCGGCGAGGCGAAGUUUGAGUCUCUACCGCAAGGCUUGCCUUCUCAAUCGCCGCCGGAGCAGCAGCAGCAGCAGCAGCAGCAGCAUGGGGAGCAGCAGCAGCAGCAGUUGCAGCUUGGGGAGCAGCCGGCGCCGACGGAGCGGCCGCAGCAGCAGCCGGGGCAGCGGCUGCAGGAGUCGUUGGCAGUAGCGGGAGAGGAAGCGGGAAAAGCGGCAGUAGCAAUAGCCGCGGUGCCAGCGACAGCAGGCGAGAGCGACGAGGAGGGGGAUCACGGGUACACCAGGUACCACACCGCCCAGGGCUCGCUGGGAGGCGGCGGCAGUAGCAGCGCCAGUGGCAGCCGCAAGCAGGGCGGAGGUGACGGCAGUAGCAGCAGCCCGGGCGACACCAGCGGCGGCAGCGGCAAUGAUGACGUCACGCGCCGGCGCCGCCGCCGUAGCGGCCGCCGGCAGCAACCGGAAACACUGACGUACGUCCCCUCUGUCGGCGGCGGCGGCGGCGGUGGCGGGCUGGGGCUUGGCGUGUCAGGUACAAUUCGGGAGGAGGAUUCGGCUGGCGGCGGCAAUACGGAGAGCGGCGACCUUGCAGUCAGUGGCGGCGGCGGCGGGCAAGGCGCCAGUGGCAGUGGUGGCGGCGGGCAAGGCGGUAGUGGCGCCGACGUUCAUUAUCCGGUUUUCUUCAUCUCAGACCUUUUCACAAGCGGCGCCGGCGGCGGCAGUGACGGCCAGCGGCGGCGCCGCCGCCGCCACCGCCGCCGCCAGCAGCGGCAGCUCGAUGUCAGCGGCAGCAGCGCCGGCGAAGGCGAGGGCGGUGAUGGUGGCAGUAGCAUUGGCGACAGCGGUGGCGGCAGUGGCGGCAGUAGCAGCUACAACACAGAUGAGGAGGCGCUGAUGUAUGCUACAGCCCAGGAUGGGCUGGCGCUACUGCUGGCCGGCAGUAGCAGCAACGCCCUGGCAAGCACUGGCGGCGGUGGGAACGGCGGUGGCGGCGGGGGCGGCGUGGGGGCUUCGGGCUCAUUGCUGUUCCACACGGCACGCACCGCCUCCACGCCCACGCCCACGCCCACACCAGCGGUCUCUUCUGCGGGCCCGCUGCCACUGCCGCCCCCGCCGCCGCCGCCGCCAGCCGCGCCGUCGAGCAGCGCCGAUGCCAUCGCCGCCACCGCAGCAACGUCGGCAGUAGCAGCGGCAGCGGAGGGCUCCGGUGGUCUCCGGGGUGCGCUGUCGCCCGCAGGGCCGCAGGAGGCCGCGUCACCACCGCCGCCACCACCGCCGCCGCCGCCGCCGCCGCCAGCAGCGACAGCCCACCACGGCGCCGGUGGCAGCCGCGCCGCCGGCGCGCCCACUACUGCCGCUGCGGCUGCCCCCACCAGCGCCUUCGCACCGGCCGCCGCCGCGGCGCAAGAGCCCGAGCCACAACAACCGCCGCAGCCGCAGCUACAGCUGCAGCUGCAGCUACAGCCGCCACCUCGUCCCGGUCCCCCUCCUGCUACAGCCGCCCGCGGCCUGGCGGCGCUGUCCCCCUUCGCGCCGCUGAGUCAGCGCCAGCUCACCAUGCGUGCCGCCUCCCUGGAGAGCCAGCUGUCGCUACUGCCGCCCUCGCUGCUACAGCCGACGCCGGCGGCGGGCGGGGCUGGCGGCUGUAGCGGCGGGGCUGGUGGAGGCGGAGGUGACGACGACGGCGGCGGCGGCGGCGAAGGGGGUACGGCUGGCGUCACGCGGGGCGCGUCGGACGGGGCCGUGCCGGCGGCGGCUGCGGCGGCGGCUGUAGCUGCUACUGCCGCCGCCGAGGCGGAGGCGGCUGCAGCAGCAGGGGGCGGUGCUGUGGAGCAAGGGGCUGCCGGCGGGCAGGGCGCGCAGGGGGAGGAGUCCCGGCAGGAGCGCUGGCGGCGGGAGGUGCAGCAGCGGCGGCAGCAGCAGCGGGCGGCGGCAAUGGCGGCGGCGCCGCACUCCGUCCGCUGGGCCAUCCAGCAGCAGGCAGCGCCGCCGCCUGCUACUGCCGCUGCUACAGCCGGUGGCAGCGCCGCUGAGCCGCCGCCUGCUACAGCCGUGCCGGCGGGCUUCAUGCAGAUGUCUCCCGCGGCGGCGGCGGCCGCGGCGGCAGCGGCCGCGGUGCCCAGCCGGCGCCUCGACGCGCUCCCUCCAACAUCGCAGCAGCAACUGCAGCUACAGCCGUCGCCAACGGCAGCUACAGCCCUCUCCUCCGCAACCACCAUGCCUCCGCCGCGCCACUCGCAGUCGCCGCCGCCGCCGCGGCCGCCGCAGCCGCCGCAGCCGCCCGCGCCGCCGCUUCGUUCUGACGCCGCCACCGCCGCCGGCGCCCGCGGCGCAGCAGCCGCCAUGACUGCUACAACUGGCGGCGCAGUCGCCGGCAGUAGCCGCAGCGCCGCCACCGCCGCCGCCGCCGCCACCGACCUCGGCGGCAUUAGCCUCAACCUGGGCUUGGGCCUGGGCCUGGGUCUGGGCCGAGGCCGAGGCCGGGGGCCCGGCGGCGCCGCCGCCGCCGGCAGCGGCGGCACGGUAACCGCUGGCACGCCCCCCCUCACCCCAGCACCCCCCGCGCCAGCUGCUACAGCCGGGCCCUUCGCCGCAAGGGCGCCCCCCAGCAGCCUUGCUAAGCCGCUACAGCCGCCGCCGCCGGUGGCCAGCGCGGCGCUGCUCCGCUCCGCCUCUGGAGCGUUGGUGCGGCGGCUGGGCAGCCUGGGGGUGGGGCUGGCGGCGGCACCCAGCAGUGUGGGGAGCGGCAGCGGCAGUACGACAGGCACGGAGGCGGCGGAGGCGGAGAACAACAGGCUGAUCGCCAACGCCGCCAUCCGCGGCCCGGCGCUCAUGUCCGAGUACCUGUCCGGCCACUCCAUCCGCUCGGCGCUGCGGCGGCGCAGCGACGUGGUCCGGAGCGGUCUGGCCCGGAUCAAGGUGGCGCUGGACGCGGCGCAGGGCAUGGAGUACCUUCACAGCCGGGGUGUGGUGCACCUCAACCUCAAGACCGGCAACCUGCUGGUGGGGUAUGCGGAGCAGCAGCCCGCGUGCAAGGUGUGCGACUUCGGACUGCGCGGUCCGGCCCUGCUCGCCGCAGCCAUCGCGCGCACAGCCGUCGUCGCCGCCGCCUCCGGCCAGCUUCCGCCAGCGGCCGCUCCGGCUCCUGCUCCGGCUCCGCCGGUGGCGGUGGCGGCCGCCACGGCCCAACUGGACUCGGCGCUGCUGGCACGCAGCCUGCCGUGGACGGCACCCGAGGUGGUGCGCUGCCCGAGGGAGGUCACGGAGAAGGCCGACGUGUACUCGUUCGGCAUUGUGAUGUGGAGCCUGUGGACACGCACCGAGCCCGGACCCGCCUGGAUGACCGCAUCAGCCUCACCAGCCCCCGCCCCAGCCCCCGCCCCCGCCCCCGCCUCAGCAGCACACCCCGCCUCGGAUUCGGGCAUUGCUGCAGCUGGAGCAGCAGCAGGCGCGGCAGGAACAGCAGCAGGCGCAGGUGCAGGGGCGGCAGCAGGCGUAGCAGCAGGCCGCGUACAGGCGGCGGGGGUGGACCGGGCAACAAACGCCGCCAGCAGCAGCAGCAGCAACUGCGGUCGGGCGCUGCUGGACCGCGUGCUGGCGGGGGAGGAGCCGCGGCCGCCGGUGCCGGGCUCCCCUGACUGGCCUCCCUCGGAGCCCUGCCCCUCGCCGCUGGCCCCCGGGUGGGCUGAGCUCAUGGCCGCCUGCUGGGCGCCGCAGCCCGCCGCCCGGCCCACCUUCACACAGGUGCUGGAGCGACUGAGGGUCAUGUUUGCCGAGGUCAAGAGCCAGCGCCGGGCGGCGCGGGCGGCGGCGGCGACGGCAGGGCGUGGAGGCGGCGGCGGCGGCGCUGGUGGUGGCGGGUCGUCUAGGGCCAGUGGGGGCGGCGGCAGGGCGGCAGUCGCCGGGAGAUAGGGGGGCUGGGGAGUUGCGUCUGAUUGCGAUGGGCAGUUGCCGUGGGGUGUGCGGCUCCCGUCGAGCGAGUGUUUGGGGGGGGGCGCUGGAGGGCUGGCUGCUGGGCUGGAGCUGCAACGGACGUCAGUAGCAGGCGCGCGAGUGCAGUAGGGGCUAGGGCGACCGGAGACCUCCGCGACUCGUGCGGCGGUGGGGAUGUGUGUGUACACGUGCGCGGAUGUGUGUUGUUCGUGACGCAUAGAUAGCUGCUGCGCGUUGGCUGUGGCACAAGAUGCGCAUUAUUGGUGCUUGUGUUGGGAGUGCAGCAACGAACAAUUUGGCGAGUUUGAAGAGGCGGGGUUGUGUAACAGGAGAUCGUG